AUGAACUUUGAACCAAUAGAUUAUUUACAGAACUUGAAUCUUGAUUUCACCAACACUGUUUCAUCAACAGAUGUUUCACCACAAAUAGAUCAACAAGAAUUGGAUUUGUUCACUCAAGCAGCCAACAAUGAUUUCUUCUCAUUAGAUGUAUUUGGCAAUGGUAACAUUGUUCCAAUCAAACCACAAGAACAAGUGCAUAACAGUCACAAUGAUGACACAUUUGAUUUACCAAAACCUGCUCCUCCUAUAAGAAAGGAAACGGCACGUGAUUCGGCAGCUGAAGAUAAAAGAAAAAGAAAUACUGCUGCCAGUGCUAGAUUUAGAAUUAAAAAGAAAAUGAAGGAACAAGAAAUGGAAAGAAGAGCAAAAGAACUAGAAGAAAGAGUCACUAAUUUAGAGAAAAAAUUGAAAGCAGCAGAAUUAGAAAAUCGUUGUCUUAAGAAUAUAAUAUCUAAACAAAAUCAACAGAAAGGGGAUGAGUUACUUCAAAGUAUUAAACAAAAAAGCUUUGAAUUUAGCUGA